AUGAAGCCUCUGCUUUGGACCCUUUACCCCCUGGAGGUGCUGGUUCCUGGGGGACUGGGAUAUGAUGGUUUUCUGUCACAGCAGAGACAAGAGGUUGUGGUUAAGACAGUGAGUCCAUGGAGGAGCCUGGAGCCCUAUAACUAUAGCAGAUGCCAUUCUGCUGGGGAGAUCUAUCACUGGCUAAACCAGAUAAGUGAGAAGUACAAGGAAGUGGUGACCCAGCAUUUCCUCCUCAUGACCUGUGAGACCUGGCCCAUGCAUUAUUUGAAGAUCAGCCAACCAUCAAAUAACCCCAAGAGGAUCAUUUGGCUGGACUGUGGGAUUCAUGCCAGGAAAUGGACUGCCCCAGCUUUUUGCCAAUGGUUAGUGAAAGAAAUUCUACAAAACUACAAAGACGAUGCAAGGAUAAUCAGAUUUGUUAGGAACCGAUUCUAUGUGCUUCCAGUUCUUAACAUAAAUGGUUAUAUCUACACUUGGACAAUUGAGAGUACAUUAAAUUUGGAUCGUCUUUGGAGAAAAUCCCGUUCAUCCCAUAAUAAGACAUGUUUUGGAACAGAUCUCCAUCGAAAUUUCAAUGCAUCCUGGUGUAGUGUUGGUGCAUCUAAAAACGGCCAGGAUUUAACAUUCUGUGGGACAAGACCAGUGUCUGAACCAGAGACUAAAACCAUGUCUAGCUUUUUAGAGAGCAAGGAGGAGAACAGUUUGUGCUUCCCAACCAUACACGCUUACGUGCAGCUCAUUCUCAUUCCUUAUGGCUACACUCAAAACAAAUCAGGUAACCAUGAAGAACUGGUAAAACCCUGGACGAAGGCAGCAAAUGCAUUGAAAGGAAAGCAUGGAACCAAUUAUAGGGUUGGAUCAAGUGCAGAUAUUUUAUAUGCCUUAUCAGGGACAUCAAGAGACACUGGGAUCCCCUUCUUAUACAUGUUUGGGCUAAGGGACAAUGGUGCACGGUUUGUUCUGCCAGAAGAUCAGAUCCAGCCCACCUGUGAGGAGAUUCUGGAAGCUGUGCUCCCUGUCCUGAAUGAUGUGUUCAAGAAAUACUGGCACUCAAACAGUGCCGGGAAGGUCACAGCUACCACUGUAGUUCUGGGCCUGCUAAUGCCCUUCAUUUCUUUACACUAAAGAUUAUCCAACCCAGGCCUGCUGUACCCCAGUGACUUAGGAUGCGGUUGUA